AUGCAACCCAAUCACUACGACCUCCUAGGUCAGGUGCAUGAGCCCAGAGCCGCAAGUCGGAUGACGCGCGAUGGCCAUCAGCCGCCUCGCGAGAACGCUGGUCAGCCACGGUCAGUGUCUGGUGCUGCACCCAUGAGAUCAGAGGACUCCUGGAUCGAGGUAUCCUCACAACCAUCAUCUUCAUCCCUAUCAUCCGCUGCCACGAACGAUGAUAUCAUUACCACUGGCCUGCGGGUCGAGCAUCGCGGAGCAGGCGCAUACCAUCACCGCAGUCGACGACGCCGUCUGCAACGCCUGGCAGCGGUCACGACGGCUCAGGUAGACUAUUCCUCGCGAGAAGCCAGCCUCACAAGCAGCAGUCAGGAGGAAUACGAAGAAAGUGAAAGCGAGUCAGAUCGGAUUCUCAGCAGUUCCAACGAAGAGAUCGGCCGCCCCCGUAUCCGCGCACCACUCCCCACUCAGCCACCCUCGGCCCAGUUUGACGCAGCAUCAUCCAGCGAUGAAGAUGACGCCUCCACCGCACUAGGAAUGCGCAUCAGCGAAUCUCCAUUCGUACCUCAACCCAAUGUCUUCACACACCCGCCAGUCACGCAGCAUCCCUCCUGGACUCGGCCUACCGAUUCUCGCCGGUCUCAACCCAGUGUCUUGUCAAACUCCAGUCGUCGUACCGCGAUUCGAAGAGACUCUUAUCCCACUAUGGGUCCGUCGCGCAGGCAUCCACCUCAACACAGCCCUUAUAACAUGAUAUCACCUUCCCACCAUGCCGACCACGACGCAGCCCUUCGUGCGAGCUUGUCCACCUUGCUUUCGUGCGCCGCGGCUGCACGAGGAAUUCCCAAGCCCGACCCUCAACCCUCGUCUUCUGGCCCGUCAGGCGCACAGCCAUCAACAUUCCGCCUUGUAGGCGAAUCGGUCGCCAUGGGAGAGGAAAGUGGCGGCGAAGAACCACCAUCGUCGACUCCCUACACAGAAACCAGCCCAUCCAUCGGACCACCCCUACCACGACGACACCCACACGGCCCCGCGGUUUCCGCCGGUCCCGCCGUCUCCAAAGCCAAACGUCGGUCUACCUCUCCUAAAGAGCGCGGCGCCGCAUCAAAGAAGAGCCGCCGCGCCAGCAUAACGGACUCAACCACCGCAGUCAGCCCCACGAUCAUGACGUGGGUCAUCAGUGCGGGCGUCGUAGUUCUAUUUUCCGCCAUCAGCUUCUCAGCAGGCUACAUGAUUGGUCGGGAGGUAGGACGAACCGAAGUAGGAAUCAUGGGCGACGGAGGCGUUCCUGGCGCCCGGCCAUCAUCGGCUGCGUGCGGCCAGGAAGCUGUCCGCGGAGGCCUGAAGCGACUACGCUGGGGCACCGCUGCGGCUGGAUCGGCCAGCAUUAUGCAAUCAUGA